CUCUUUUGGAAGCUUUUUUCGUUAUCAAAAUGUAUGUAUUUGACGUUUUCAUGAGCGGAGUACAUUUUAUAAUUUGUAUUUGGUCAUCAAAUCGUCAGCACUCAGCAGUAAAAUAAAUAUUCAGGAAAAUGACUAGCCAAACUCAAGGAAUCCAACAAUUGCUUGCAGCUGAGAAAAAAGCAGCUGAAAAAGUAUCUGAAGCAAGAAAACGCAAAGCAAGAAGAUUGAAGCAGGCUAAGGAUGAAGCUACUGAAGAAAUCGAGAAAUACCGUCAAGAAAGGGAAAAGCAAUUCAAGGAAUUCGAGGCCAAGCAUAUGGGCUCCAGGGAAGGAGUUGCUGCCAAAAUCGAUGGAGAUACUCGAAUUAAAUUAGAUGAAAUGAAUCGUGCAAUCCAAUCACGAAAGGAACCUGUAAUCAAUGAAAUCUUGCAAUUUGUGUACUCAAUUGAACCUGAGAUGCAUAAGAACUACCGCAAGGCUUAAAUGUAGAUACAAAAAAAAUGUAAAAAGUAUUAAUUGCGUAGUUAAUGUUUGAUGUUUAUUAAAAAUAUAAAAAUUUCCUUGUGCGUUUGAAACGUUAA